AUGGCUUUGUUAAAGCUGCUUCCACCGGAUCCAGAAGACGAGGGUACCCAGCGGUGUAGGCUUGGUCCUGCCGCGUUCGCCUUGCUAGGUGCUAAACUGGGCUCUCUGAUCAAGAUCACUUUGCCAGGUGGCUGUUGCUUGUGCACGGCCUGGCCGAGGCACGAUUCUGCUGAUGGCUACCUGCAGUUCGACCUCAAAUGCAGGACUUGGGGAUUAACAGAGAGCCAACUACGAAAGCAGACCGUGAGCAUAGACCAGCUGGAAGUGGUGGCCUGCCCCAAGCUCAGACACGUGACGGUCCGAGUCGUCUUUAAAAACCAGGCCUCAAAAAGAGCUCUCCCUGAAACGGCGCUUCAGGAAGUGGUGCGAGAGCUUUUGCGGAAGGCCUGCGUGGCGUGCCAACACGUCGUGACUUUCCCCCCGAUUCUGGGCAACCCUGUGGAGUGCAUCGAAAUAUUGUCCAUGGGGCCGUCCAGCCCGGCAGAAGCUGGUUUGAUCACCCCCCAAACCAACGUCAACAUUAAGGAGACGAUCACCCUGGACAGAUACAGUCGCCUGAUGGGGGACGGCUCAAAAAUCCAGGUGGCUGGCUUGGAUGAAGCCAGCCAGACUUUGAAAGAAAUGAUUGAACUGCCCCUGCGUUUUCCAAACAGCUUCAAAAAAUUAGGCCUGUCGGUCCCAAAGGGAGUUCUUUUGGUGGGCCCGCCGGGGGUUGGCAAGACGCUACUGGUUAAGGCGGUGACUGGAGAAGUCGGGGCCUGUCUGGUGAGCCUGAGUGGGCCUGUUGUCUAUGGUUCACGGCCCGGCGAAAGCGAGGAGAACUUACGGCGAGUCUUUGAGCAAGCCAGAGACCUCUCCAGCGAAGGGCCCACCGUCCUCUUCAUUGACGAGAUGGAUUCGUUGUGCCCCAGGCGGGGAGCUAGCGGUCAUGCCCCCGAGCAUCGCCUAGUGGCUCAGUUGCUAACUCUUAUAGAUGGAUUUAGCCAAGGAGAUGGCCUGGUCAUUGUAGGGGCAACAAACAGGCCAGAUUCCCUGGACCCUGCGUUGAGGAGACCAGGCAGAUUUGAUCAGGAGAUUAUCAUUGGGAGCCCAACUCUGAAGCAAAGGAAGUCUAUUCUGCAGCUGAUUACUGCUGGCAUGCCUGUGUCAGACGACGUUAAUUUGCUAGAACUGGCAGAAAUGACACCGGGUUUUGUUGGGGCCGACCUGACGUCGCUCUGCAGAGAGGCCGCAAUGCAAGCCCUGUUUCGUAAUUGCACAGAUUCAAUUCUCCCUGUUGAGAUGUCAAACUUUCACGAGGCCCUGAAGAAGAUCCGGCCAUCGUCUUUCCGAAGCGGAAUUGGGUUAACAGACUUCAAGCCCGUCUCUUGGGAUCGGAUUGGUGGCCUUGAAGAUGUGAAAUUGAAAUUAAAACAGAGCAUCGAAUGGCCAAUGAAAUUCCCAGAAGCCUUUGUCCGGAUGGGGCUGGCCCGCCCAAAGGGCAUCCUUCUCUAUGGACCAUCCGGUUGUGCCAAGACGAUGCUCGUGAAAGCAGCCGCGUCUUGCUCUCAUUGUUCCUUUCUGGCUGUGAACGGUGCUGAUCUCUUCUCCCCUUUGGUUGGAGAGUCGGAGAAGAUUUUGUCUCAGGUAUUUCGUCAAGCAAGAGCAAAUACUCCAGCAAUCGUUUUCCUGGAUGAAAUUGAUGCCAUCUUGGGAUCCCGAUCAGGAACUAAAACUGGGUAUGGAGUCCAGGAGAGAGUUCUUUCUGUCCUCCUCAAUGAGUUGGACGGCAUCGGAGUCAAGUUAACUGAGCGAAGAGGAAAUAAAGCAAAGAUGGAACAUGAGAAUCAAGAUUCAGCUGAAAGUGAUAAAGAGUUAGAACUUCAGGAAGUUUUUAACAAAGACGUCAUAGUUGUCGCUGCAACAAAUAGACCAGACCGGUUGGAUGAUGCCUUGUUACGUCCUGGACGCUUAGACAAGAUCAUCUAUGUUCCACCACCCGAUGAGAAGGGAAGGCUUUCAGUUUUGAAAAUCUGCACGGACAAAAUUCCAGUCGAUUCUGACGUUUCCCUAGCAAACAUAGCAAGUCAAACUAAUAUGUUCUCUGGAGCUGAUCUUGAGAAUCUCUGCAAGGAAGCUGCUUUGCUAGCAUUGCAAGAGAACCAAGUGGAAGCCACAGCUGUGAAAUAUAAACAUUUUGAAAAAUCCCUGGAGACUAUAAAGCCCUCAUUAACUCUCAAAGAAUUGCAAUUUUAUGAAAAUCUAUUUAGAAUUCAGUAAUAUAAUUGGCACAGUGACUAUAUACCAAUAUGCAGAUAUGUUCACCUUGAAAAAUAAGUUGAAAGAUACGUAAAAAGAGGAUGGAAUAAUGAAGGGAGGCUAGCCUGAAUGGCUGGAGGUAUUUAUUUUAAAUAUUUUAUCCAGCUUCUCCAGAAUUAUUCAGUGUAUGCACCACUGCUUCUCUUCGACUGAAAUUUGAUUCCCGUUUUUCACUGUCAAGAAUGGACAGACUGAGUUAUCACUUACUUUACACCUGGAGGGAAGUUUAUUAAAGUCACUGACUAGAUUCUUAUCUUGAGCUGGCAUAAAUGUUAUAUUUUGGCUUAGCAUGUAAUGGAAUGCAGCGAUGGUGGCUUGUAAGCUAUAGUUCAUAGUUCCGUAUUAAACCAUAAAAAGUUAAACCAGGCAAUAAACAUACUGACAGUUUGCAUUACA